AUGUAUUUCCCGAGAGAGGCACGCUCAUGCCUCCGCCAUCGUGCUCGUAGCACGUCCACAAAGGCACCAGCGUACCUCUGUGCACAGAGCUUGCCUCCAUGCACGAGAACUGAGGCAAGUCGUGCCUUCGUCCGAGUGCACGGAGGCAAGCUGCUAAGGCAGCGACAGCGUGCCUCCAUGCACGUGGACGGAGGCACAUCGAGCCAUCGUCUGCUUGCACAGAGGCCUCCGUGCAUGAGAACAGAGGCACAUCGUGUCUCCGUCCGCGUGCAUGGAGGCACGGAGGAGCAGCGGUGUGCCUCCGUGCAUGAGAACGGAGGCACACUACACACGAUCCAGAAAUUUGCAUUCCGAUUUUUGAGCAGCUUUGAAGCUGAAAACUUCAUGAAUGUUUUAAAGGAAAUCUUGGAUAGUGCAAGACUUCAAGGGCUUCCAUGCGACUCCGACCUAUCUUAUCAAGCUGAGUCUGUAUGUUCAAUUGGACCUGCAUACAGGCCAGAGGAAAAUUGGCAAUAUACAACUUCUGUAGAUACGAGUAUACAUCUGAUACCACCAAUUGAUGAGGCUCAAGAUUCAAAUCCAUAG